CCCAAAGACCAACUAGGGAUUGCCCGAUUGGAAAACACCAGAUUUCUGGCAUCCCCUUUGCAUCACCACAUCAACCACGUUUCGAUUGCUUCAUAUUCCUCAUGCGAUUCGGUUACAAAUAGCACAAACCCGACCAAUACGGCGUUCGCCUCUUCGACGACGCCCUUUUCUGUGCCAUUGUUCUCUCCCAAAGAAGCCACUUUCCCUCUUCCCGCAUUCUCGACGGCCAAACUUGAAACCUAUUUAAUCUUCAACCCUCGACGUACGACCAACGAAUCGUACCUCGCAACUUCUACAGACAUCUAGCGACCUCAGAAUAACCAAAAAUUUCGAUGCCCAGCGCAACGGCUUCCGGAGCUGAUACGGGUGGCUCGGCUCGAUCUCGCGAUCAUAAGCAGGGUAACCAGGGACGAUCUUUCACCCCAGACCAAGAGGCAGCAGUCAUUCGUAUCCGAAGAUGCGAGGCUACUGCGUUUUAUGACAUCCUAAAUCUUUCGAGCGUCAAGGACACAUGUACCGAGGCUGAAAUCAAGAAGGCUUAUCGGAAGCUGUCGCUUCUGACCCACCCUGACAAGAAUGGACACCCUCAUGCGGACGAGGCCUUCAAGAUGGUCAGCCGAGCUUUUGGAAUUCUAGGCGAUAAAGAGAAGAGGGAAAAGUUUGAUAAGUUCGGCACAGAUCCUGAUAGUCGAUUCGCCAGCGCCCAGGCGAACAACCCUUUCUUCAAUCAACGAGCCGGUGGCGGUGGUAUGGGUAGAGGUGGCCCGAUGUUCCAGGAUGACUUGACUCCGGAGGAGAUGUUUGCCCGUUUCUUCGGUGGAGGCGGCUUUGGUGGUGGUCCAUUCGGAGCCUUUGACACAGGUCCUCAAUUUGUUUUCAACUUUGGAGGAGGUCCUGGAAUCAGAGUUCAUCAGUUUGGCGGAGCGAGGCCGAGAACGCGACCCCGAGAGGCUGAUCGCGGUCGACAGAACGAAGGCAACGCUUUCCAAACGUUCCUGGGUCUACUACCCAUCAUCUUGUUCUUUAUCCUGCCCAUCAUCACAUCCUUCUUCUCUGGUGAGACUUCGACAACAUCGGCAUCAGGACCUCGCAUGGUCUACGACAACCCCCUACAUCCGUACACCGAGCAGCGCACGACACCGAAUCUGAACGUCAACUACUACGUUAACCCCGACGAAGUUGCCCAAUAUUCUGAAAAGAAGCUCAACAAGCUCGACCGUACAGCUGAACACCAGCUCUUGAGACACCUCAAGAAUGAGUGUGAGAACGAGUUGAUAUACCAACGGAGAUUGAGGGAUGCUGCACAGGGCUGGUUCUACCAGGACCCCGACAAGAUGGCACUCGCACAGACAUACACAAUGCCGUCUUGCGAGCGGCUGCAAAAUCUUGGAGUAAAAGUCUAACGACGUACAUGCACAGAUGGCGCCGUGAGCAGGUGGAUAUUAUAUACUUUUCUUAUAGGAGUUGGCGUUGUGGCAUUUCUGGGACUGCAUGGCGACGAAGGAACUCGGACCUGACAAGCAAGCAAGCAAGCAAAGCAAGGGGAGGACGACGCCCAUAAUCGAGUUAUGUAUCAUUCAGCAGCGUUUAAUGCUUAAGGAUGUAUUUUCCUAGGGGAGGUUUAAAGAAGAUCCAAUUCGAGGUAGAUUUGUUGUACUGCGUUUAGAAUGCACACCAAUCGCUUCUUUUGACUGCCAGCCACCGCAAGAUGUUCUCUGGAUGACUAUUGGACCCUUGGUCUGAGCGUUGGAUGACCGUUGAGUCUAAGACAUUGGUGGAUCAUGAGGAACUGAGUGCUUACUCCGUCCAUUAAGACAUUACUAACUCGAUAAAGAUCUCAUGUCCUCAUAAGAAAUGAGUAAAAAAAUAAAAAUACAAAUAUCGAAAUAGAUGUUCCAGUAUGAAUAUAUAUCCAAGAUUAUCAUGCUCACUC